UCCCUCAUUUUCCAUCACAUUCACACCAAUUAUACCUUUGCAAAAGCUAUGAGAUAUGUUAUAUGGAUUGAGAUUUGGAAAGAUAUCUCCGUUGUUGUUCUCCAUUAAAGCUCUUUCUUCUUCUUCUUCUUCUUCAACCACAACCAAUCUGCAACGACUGAAUCCCCAACCUCAGAAAUUGGUCACUCUCUUGCAAAAGCACUCAUCAAACCGCCACUUGACUAAACAAGUUCACUCUCACAUUGUCACCUCUCAUCCAAGACUUGCCCAGAACAAUUUUCUUCUUCUCUUCAACAACUUGCUCCGCUGUUACUCCCAUGGAGAUUUCCCACACGAAGCUCUCUCUUUCUACAAAUAUUUCCUUCACUUUUCUUCUCCUUCCUUUGACAGCUUCACUUUCUCUUUCCUUAUUCACGCUUGUUCCAACUUGAACUCCGUUCCCACUGGAUCUCAACUCCAUGCUCUUACUUUCAAGGUGGGGUUUCAGUCCCAUGUCUACGUUCAGACUGCUCUGGUCAAUCUGUAUGUGUCUUGUGGCUUUUUACAUGAAGCCCACCACGUGUUUGAUGAAAUGCGUGAGAAGAAUUCUGUAAUGUGGAAUGUGAUGAUCACUGGUUUGACCAAAUGGGGUGAGUUUAAAGAUGCUCUCUCACUGUUUGAUCGGAUGCCAAGCCGAACUGUUGUCUCGUGGACUGCUGUUAUUGAUGCUUACACUAGAAUGAAUCGCCAUGGCGAAGCUGUGGCACUGUUUCGAAGAAUGGUUUCGGACGAUAACAUUCAGCCUAGUGAAAUAACUCUUCUGGCAAUAAUCCCUGCCGUUUCUAACCUUGGGGCUCUUAAGAUUUGCCAGUCAAUUCAUGCCUAUGGAGAGAAAAGAGGGUUUAAUGCGUCCGACAUAAGGGUGACAAAUUCCAUUCUAGAUUCCUAUUCCAAAUGUGGUUGCAUACAAAGUGCAUCGAGAUUUUUCGAAGGGAUGUCAUCAGGGAGAAAGAAUUUGGUGUCAUGGACAUCAAUGAUAUCUGGGUUUGCAAUGCAUGGGAUGGGAGAAGAAGCUGUUGAGAGUUUUAGAAAGAUGGAGGAAGUUGGUGUUAAGCCAAACCGAGUAACGCUUCUAAGUGUUUUAAACGGUUGCAGCCAUGGAGGAUUGGUCGAGGAAGGGCUCGAGUUCUUUAAGAAGAUGAUUAUGGAGUAUGAAAUCACCCCAAAUAUCAAGCAUUAUGGGUGUAUAAUCGAUAUGCUGGGGAGAACAGGGAGACUAAAAGAAGCCGAAAACAUAGCUUUGGAGGUUCCUAGUGAGAUGGCUAAUGUUGUGAUUUGGAGGACACUCUUGGGAGCUUGUAGCUUUCAUGAUAAUAUUGAGAUUGGUGAAAGAGUGACAAAGAAGAUAAUGGAGAUGGAAAGAGGGUAUGGAGGAGAUUAUGUGCUUAUGUCUAACAUUUUUGCUAGUGUUGGAAGGUACAAGGACUGUGAGGAGUUUAGAAGAUUGUUAGAUGAGAGGAAAGCCUAUAAAGUUCCAGGCCAUAGUUUUGUAUAACCGACAUAUUAAGAAAGGUCCUUCGGCAAAAUGACCUAUUUUUUAAAGUCGUUUUGCAUUCUAGUUUAGUUUUAAUAAUUAUUUGCAAAAUGACAUCUUAUAAUUUAGACAGUUAGUCGAUAAUUUAGACAUAUGGUCGAAAAAUUUAAACAGCCGGUCGAAAAAUUUAGACAGCUGGUCGCAUUUAGACAGAGGUCAUUUUACAAAAUAUUAUCAAAAGUAGGCAAAAGUGCAAAUUUACUUUAAAAAAGAAGUUAUUUUCACAAAUUUCUCUAUUAAGAAAUCGUUUCUCAUGUUUUACAUGUCUCUAAUUCUUUAAAGGAGAAUUCAAAAAUUUUUACUUACAAA